AUGCCUAAGGUAAUGAACCCUCUUGUUGUGGGACGUGUAAUAGGAGAUGUUUUGGAUCCCUUUACAAGUUCUGUCUCUCUCAGAGUUACAUACAAUAAUAACAAAGAAGUCAUCAACAGUGGUGAGCUCAAACCCUCCCAUAUAGUAAACAAUCCAAGAGUUGAUGUUGGUGGAGAUGACCUAAGGACCCUUUACACUCUGGUUAUGGUGGACCCUGAUGCACCUAGCCCAAGCGACCCAAAUAUGAGAGAGUAUCUGCACUGGUUGGUAAUCAAUAUUCCAGCGACUACAGGGGCAACAUUUGGAAAUGAGAUUGUGAGCUAUGAAAGUCCACGACCAACAUCAGGGAUUCAUCGUUUAGUUUUUGUGUUGUUUCGUCAACUGGGUAGGCAGAACAUACCUGCUCCAGGGUGGCGCCAAAAUUUCAUCACUAGAGAUUUUGCAGAGGUUUAUAGCCUUGGAUUACCAGUUGCAGCUGUGUAUUUCAAUUGUCAACGACAAGGUGGUUCUGGGGGAAGGAGGAUGUAA